AUGUCGAGCGCUCCCACCUCAUCAAUACAACCACAGAUAGUACCUGCUGGCCAAACAGAUAAGGGGUCAAUACCAAUUUCCGAUAAUCUGUUCCACGCACCCCAAAAUGAGGUCCCCAAUCAAUGGCGACAACCACAACAACCACAACAGCCCCAGCGUCUUCCGCCGAACCAAGCAUCCAACGAGCACAAUGAAGGACGGUUUGAAGUCCCUCCUGCAGAAGCGUCAACCCUGCGGCCCGACUCUGCCGGUCAAAAUCUGAAUUCCGCGCCGCAAAGGCCAAGAGGCCCUUCGAAAGCGGAUUUUCAAGACGAACCUUCCAUCGCACCGAGCGACGAUGACACGGCUGCACAACCCAAGCCUUACUCCAACAACGCCAAAGGAUCCGGCCUCUCCGGCUCCCCCCGGUUCCUGUCGAACCCGAGUUCAUUCUCUGAGCGGCCCAAAUUCGAAAAGGCGCUCGCUCGCGUCAUCAGCUUGCUCCCCGGCGAGAUGGAAGGCAGGGACUUACUGCGGCCUGUGGAAGGCACGGGCAAGGAGAAACUCCGCGAGAUGGGCCUCCGCGUGCGGGAGUACAAGAAGUUCUUCGAAGCGUGGGAGAACCUCCACCUCACGUUCGACGAGGAGGGCGGCAGUUACGUGCGCGACGACGUGAUACAGUACCUGAGGCAUCACCAGCAUCAACCCGUGGACGACGAAUUCGGCGAGACAUCCCUCGCGCAGACGAUCCACUCGUACGAAGCAUACCGCUACUUCCUGGUCAAGUUCGGUCAGCUGCUCUUCCCUUGGACGGCCCCAUAUUUCCCGGACCACAUGACCCUGCACUCGCACUUUAAAAAGGGCGGCCGCGGCAUCGUGCUCACCGCCGGCGACGACCAAGCGCCCUUUUUGUUGACCAUCAUCCCCACGUUCCGCAAUCUCGGCUGCGACCUGCCCAUCGAGAUCAUGUACCUGGGCGACUCGGACCUGUCCGAGGACUACCGCUCCGACCUGGAGAGCCUGGACGGCGUCAUCACGCGCGACAUCGCGCAGAUGGUCAACGACGAAGGCUGGAAACUCGCGGGCUGGGCGGCCAAGCCGUUCGCGAUCCUGUACUCGAGCUUCCGCGAGGUCAUCUUCAUCGACGCGGACAGCCUGUUCUUCGUCAACCCGGCGACGCUGUUCGAGGACCCUGCCUACCAGAAGAGUGGGGCCCUGUUCUUCCGUGACCGCCUGAUCAUGCCGGAGAACAAGAAGCGCUGGCUGCAGCAGAUCCUCCCCAAGCCCAUCUCGCGCCAAGUCAAGCAGAGCCGCAUGUGGACAGGCGAUAGCGGGCACAUGCAGGAAUCCGGCGUCAUCGUCGUGGACAAGUGGCGCCACUUCAUCGCCCUCUUGUUCGUCACGCGCAUGAACGGGCCCGACCGGGACGGCAACAAGGAUGAGGGGAGGGUCGGUGUCUACGACAUGGUGUAUGGCGACAAAGAAACCUUCUGGCUCGGCUGGGAACUGGUCGGCGACCAAGACUACACCUUCCACCAAGGCGACGCCGGCACCAUGGGCACGGUGCAAGACCCCGAGCCCGACACGUUCAAACCGAAACUCGUCAAGAAGAAACGCCCCGUGCUUGACGAGGACGGCCAGCCCAGACUGGACGACGCGGGCCAGGAAAUCCUCGAGGACUACGAAGUCGUCGUCGACGAGGACCCGGAGGCUACUUCUUCGCCCGAGCAGUACGCCAACCGGCCCGAGCCGUCCAACUACACGAUCUGCGCGCCCCAAUUACUACAUCUCGACUUGGACGGCAAACCGCUGUGGUUCAACGGGUGGCUGCUUGACAACAAGUUCGCGGACAAGAAGCAGAAGCGGUUCGGCAAGUUCGAGCACUAUCUCAUCGAGCCGCGGGACGUGCGCGAGCCGGGGGCCUGGCAGCUGGAGGAGAGCAACAUGUGCUGCUUGACCACGGAUGCGGAGCUCAAGCGCGAUUUCACGGCCCAGGAGAAGGACGUCUUGAACAUGAUGAUCGGUCAGGCCAAGGAGGUGGGGGUUGCCUCGUGA